UAUUUUUCUGGUUUUUUUUUUUUAAUUUGCGCGGAGAAAGUCCAAGCAAACAAAUGGAAAUAGAGAAAGAAAAAGAAAAUUCGGGAAAAAAUGGAGUACGAGUGAAAAUUUGUUCUGCUUGCAAUGUGAAAGGAGACAAUCUUGGACUGGCGCCUUAUUUUGUGCGUGCUUAUUUUAGCCUAGACACUGGCAAAUCAAGAAGGGUUUGCAAAAAAUGUUUUGAAGAAGCAGAAAAUCAUCAAAUCGCUUUAGUAAAUUUACUGUCUGAGCAUAAAAGCAUUGUCUCUGGACCUAAGAGACCAAAGAAUGGCAUCGAAAUUAUUGAUCUCGAUGCUGAGGAUGUCAAUGCUGAAUCUGAUGAAGAGCCAGAAGAAUGCCCAGAAGAAGUAGAAAUAACUGUGGAUGUUGAACAAUUUGUUGAAUCAGUAAUGGAGAAAUACCAAUUCAGUAAACAGCUGCAAGAUGCAUCCAUCCAUUUGAGAGAUAAAUGUGCUGUUGCCAAAGAAGAAUUCACCAAGCUUGACUUGUCGAUUUCAGCUCUUGAGAAUAACAUCACUGCCCUGAGGAAAGAACUGUUUCAACCAUACGAACCCAUAAUUUGCUACGUGGAUUCUGUCGAUAUAGAUGAAGAAGGGAUAGUGACAAAACACAGUACCACUUUGAGCUCUUCUCCUGCUUCCUUAGAAACAGUGUCAACUUACAAAAAAAUAAGAGAACUACCUCCUAUUGGAGAAUUCAUUCAUAAGCCAAUUCAAGCUCUGCAAACAGUAUAUGCAAUGAAAAUAUCUCUUUUGAAACCGUGGUUUAAAGGAACAGUAGUAAAGAUUAAAGAAAAUAAGGAAAUGCCUUACGAGAUCUGUUUUGAAAAUGCGGCUGAUAAACCAUCGCGCACCUUCCCUCCAAAAUACUUGGCAUAUGCUGAACCAAGUCCUGUCCAGUUCGCUGUUGGGGCCCGAGUUAUAGCUCAGUACGUUGGAGAAAAAUACGAGAUGAUGGAACCUUUAGCUUAUUACGCUGGCAUAAUAGCCGAAGAGGCCAAAGCCUUAACUCAACAGCGAUAUCUCGUGUUUUUCGAUCAAGGAUAUGCGCAGUAUUGCCACCAUGAACAGAUUAUGAUGGUAUGUCACAGCUCACGAGACGUCUGGCAAGAUGUCUAUUCGAAAUCUCGUGCUUUCGUGUCGACGUAUUUAAAAGGAUACCCAGAGCGCGCCAUGGUGAAGUUACAACGCGGACAGACUAUCAAAACGGAAUUGAACGGUUAUUGGUUUCGUGGACGCGUAGAUGCGGUGGAUGGCUCUCUGGCCAAAAUUUACUUUCCUUCUGAAAAACGUUUUGAAUGGAUUUAUCGAGGAUCAACUCGUUUCCGCCAUCUGUACGACCUGCUUGCCAAAGAAGAAGCCAGGAAAAAGCAAGGAACCACGAGACCCACGAGGCCUACCCAUAACAUGGUACUUGUACAUCAAAAGAAAAAUGCCCCGUAUGUGGAGUAUACUGGUGGACCAGUGGAUGACUUGCAUAAACCUUCAUCUCCGCCUUUGUUAGCCCUUCAACUGCCAUCUGCAUCCCAGGAGAACCCAAUUCGAGCCGUAGCCCGGAAAAGCACUACCAAAGUUUUUAAAUCGCCUCCUGUUGUAUCAGCACAACGACGAACGAGAGAACCAGAUGUGGACGAUGGCUGUAUGAAUCGUCAAGUGAAUCCGUGUAAUCAACAUAUUUAUUUCGAGCCACAUCAGUGUGGUACCUACUGUGUGAAGGAAUACCCAUUCGUGGAUGGAGAGAACAAAAAUGUCAAUCCGUUUUCGAUUCCAAUGCGAUGGGGUUGGGCGCGAGAAUUAGCUAAACAGCGACAAGGUGAAAGCUCCUUGAUUGUAUUUUAUCGUGCCCCUUGUGGACGCCGCGUACGAAACCUCGAGGAAGUACACCGGUAUCUACGAAUCACAGGAAGCGAACUGGGUAUCGACCUGUUUUGCUUUGAUAGUCUAGUCCAAUGCUUCAAAGAAUUCAAACCAAAUAUUAUCUACUGUCAAAUCAAAGACAUAAGUUAUGGUAAGGAAAAUGUUCGGAUAUCAUGUGUCAAUUCGAUUGACCGUCAAAGUCCGCUUUACGUUGAUUACUGCACUGAACGCAUUCCCCGAAAAGGAGUCACAAUGAAUUUAGAUCCCAGCUUUCUCAUCUGCUGCGAUUGCACGGACGACUGCCAAGACAAAGAAAAAUGCCAAUGUUGGCAACUCACCAUAAAUGCAACUGCCAGAGGCCCUGGUGGAAAGAUCAAUCCCAAUGCUGGAUAUGAAUACCGCCGUUUGACGCAAAACUUGGUGACGGGCGUCUAUGAAUGCAAUUCUCGCUGUCGGUGCCAAAAGACGUGUCUUAACCGCGUGGCUCAAAGGCCUUUACAUUUGCGACUACAACUGUUCCGGACUGUCAAGUGCGGCUGGGGUAUUCGCUGUUUAGAUGACAUUCCAAACGGCCAAUUUAUCUGCGUAUAUGUAGGAGAGCUGCUAACUGAUCAAGAUGCAAACGACGAUGGAACGCAAUUUGGCGACGAAUAUUUGGCCGAUUUGAAUUUUAUCGAACUAAUCGAAAAUCAAAAAGAUGGCUACGAGAGUGAAUGCUAUCAAAGCGAUCAACAGAGUUCGGAAUCUCAAUCAUCCACUAGUGAUGACGACUGGGAUGAAUCUUCCGACGCUUCCGGUUCGAAAAACUAUCCAGGUGGAAAAAGAGGAGGGAGAAGAGGGCGCCCCAGUAAGAUGUCGAAAUUGUUAUCUCGUACACCAGUGAAACCGAUUGACGUUGCUGAUGACGGCCAAGAAGAUGGCCAGAAAAAUUUUACCCGUACUUUAUACGGCCCGAUGGAAAAAUGUUUUGUUAUCGAUGCGAGGAACAUUGGGAACAUUGGUAGAUAUUUUAAUCACUCUUGCGAGCCGAAUAUUUUUGUGCAAAACAUUUUCGUCGACACACAAGAUUUGCGUUUUCCAUGGGUAGGAUUCUUCGCUCAGGAAUUCAUUCGUGCAGGUACCGAGCUGACGUGGGACUACGGUUAUCAGAUCGACAGUGUGCCUGGCAAAAAGUUGUUUUGCUACUGUGGGGCGAAAAAUUGCAGGCGCAGAUUGCUUUGAAUAAUAAGAUGUGAUGUGACCUCAUAACUGGUUCGGCUUAUCAAAAGGAUUUUUUAAAAUCAACUUUCUCUAACGCAGAAACUGUCAAACAUUGUGUAUUUUUGCAAAUAAAAAAAAUGUGCAUGG